AUGGUUAGUUUAAACAGGAAUAAUAGUAAUAGAGGUGGCAUCGCUUUUGAUGACAAUUUAAUAUCAACUGAAGAUGUAAGUGAGCAUACACCGUUAAUUGACAAUGUCGAACAAACAUAUCGUCAAAUUCGAACAACUGGCGUUAUUAUUUUGCACAUUUGUCUUAUAAUAGUUUUUGAAGCAGCUAUAAUCAUUUUACCAAUUUUGUGCAAUCCAAAAAAUAUAUGUGUCUUACACGGUUACGACUUUUGUCUCUACAUUCAUUCAGGAAGUUGGCUAUUCAAUCUAGCUUUCGACAGAUUCUAUCAUUACCAACAAGAUAUCUCAAGGCGUAACGGUUAUUUAGAAUUUUAUCAUAAAACUCGCAAUUUAAGAAGAGCACCGCUGUUUGUUAUUUCAGCUGGAAAUGCGAUUCUCGUUGCACUGAUCAAAUUACUCGAAGAUUAUUGUAACGAUGAAACAUGUACACCAUUAAAAUUAAAACCGUGGUAUUUUUUACAAAUUCUUAGCACAAUCGAAGUUAUUUUGACAAUGAUUGCUCUAAUAUGGUAUUUAGUUAUUACAAUCAAGUUCAAUAGUCAACGUGCUCGUCCCGAUGCCACACAAGAAGAUUUAUCUGCAAGUUUUAUCACCACACAAACAUCGGCAUCCGAAAUUGGUUUUCGAGAUGAAACAUACACAGAAAGUGUACUUGAAAAACAAGCCGAUAUGAUACGUUAUUUACGUGAACGAAAUGUUUAUUUAGGACGUUUAGUAAUGCAAUAUAAACAAGAUUUAGAUUCGAGAUCGCGACAUUCGAAUAAUGUCUAA